GGGCAAUGGCGGCUGAGCGGAUCCGGGCUCUGUCCCGCAUGUAAACAACACGUAAAGCGCUCUCCUUUGUCCAAGUAAAGCUAAACCAGCCGCGGUCAGGAGCAUGAGAUUAUCGCACCCCACUCAUCGACUCAUCUGAGCAGCAAAAUGUCGAUGGAAGAUCCGUUUUUCGUGGUGAAAGGAGAGGUGCAGAAGGCUGUAAACACAGCUCAAGGUCUUCAUCAGAGAUGGAUAGAGCUGCUACAGGACGCGGGUGGAGCCAGCAAGGAGGAAGUGGACUGGACCACCAACGAAUUACGAAACAGUUUGAGGUCCAUUGAAUGGGACUUGGAGGACUUGGAUGAGACUAUCAGUAUUGUGGAGGCCAAUCCGAAGAAGUUCAAUCUCGACGCAAUGGAACUGGCCAAGAGGAAAGCCUUCAUCACUAGCACACGGCAGACAGUCAGGGAGAUGAAAGACCACAUGACCAGUCCGAUGGCCAUUACAGUGCCUGAGAAGAAAAAUCGACAGACUUUAAUGGGCGAAGGUGGAUCCCGGGGCCCAAUCUGGCAACCGAGUGGUGAAAAGUACACUAGACUUGACAAUGAGCUGCAGACGGCAAAUUCACAGUUCAUUGAAGAACAACAGACGCAGCAACAGCUCAUAGCAGAAAAGCAGGAUGAGCAUUUGGAGUUGGUGUCAGGAACUAUUGGUGUAUUGAAGAACAUGUCUCAGAGAAUCGGACAGGAGCUGGAUGAGCAAGCUGUAAUGCUGGAUGACUUUUCACAUGAGAUGGACAGCACUCAAUCCAGACUGGACAACGUCAUGAAGAAACUGGCUAAAGUUUCUCACAUGACCAGCGAUAAACGUCAGUGGUGUGCGAUCGGCGUUCUGCUCGCCAUCCUGUUUGUGGUGAUCCUCCUCUUCAUUAUUCUGUGAUCAAACCGUCCUCUCAUGAAUCUUCACUCCAACUGAGGUGCUUGGAAAGACAGAACAAACUUUCACAAACAAAACUCUUUCUUUCCAUAUCUACUUCAUUAUACAGUAGAGCCGUUUUUUUUUUUUGUUUUUUUUUGUUCCUAUAAACAGCUCAGACUGAAAACGAUGGGCUUUAAGCAUGGGCUAUUUUUCGCAAAUGCAUUUCGGUUUCGCAGUAAUGCAGUCUGAAUCAUUUUAUAUGUCCUGUAGUGUCGUAAUCCAGGGUAAUCAUUUCUUUAGAAUGGACCAUGAGUUUAAACACUUAUCUAAUGUAUUGUUUUUCUUUCUCUAGUAUUGAAAUGUACAACAUUUCCUGAGCACUGCUUUAAUAGUCAGAUUAAACUACUGUAAAUAAUCAACACUAACUACAAACUUACUAAACAAUGGAGUUUAA